CCACGUAAGAAGGCUCAAAACUAGGAUUAUUUUGCAUCAUCAUUUGGCCCAUAACUGUUUUCUUUACCUCUGAAUGAAAAGCUCACACGCGCCACAUCCCUCACGCGCUACGCGCAUCCUUACAUUUCCAGUUGCCAGCGAAGCAAAAUUUCCCCUUUUUUCUCUCUCGGGCACACGAACGAACAGACGCGGCGAAACCCUCUUCUGAAGCCUAGUUUCUAAUUGAAGAGCAAAAUUCGAUUAGGGUUUCUGUAUUUUUUCAUGUUUGGGUGAAGGUUUUAUUCAUCUCGCAUUAUAUUCCGUUCUUCUAUUUGAAUAAUCUGAGAUAUUUCGGAAGAUUAAAUGUCAGAGACUUCGAGGUCUCGAGUUACCAUUACCCUCGGACGCACUGGGCAGGUGGUGAAAAGGGGUGGGAGUACGUUGGAAACCUCUUUUACCGAUUCGCAUGCAGUUGCAGGAAGUAAAAGGUCGAUACGGGAAAGGCUUGGCAAUAAUGUUGAUUCUUCUGCCCAAUUUAAUAACAAGAGACAUCGCAGCGAUGGUAGAGCGGCCGAUGCUUAUGAUGGUCUUAGUAAAGACGAUCUCCGGUACAAAAUCAUGCAAAAGAAUAUACAUAAGCAAGGUCAAAACAGCCAGCAGAGUGGAGGGGAUCUUCGCAACUUCCUAUCAAGGCCUGCUCAAUCUACUACAAACACCAUAGCUACACGAGACAGAAUACCCGAGCCGAAGGAUACUAGACUGCGUUAUUUGGAAUCGAUGGAUGGCAAACAGCACUUUACAGAGGCAAGAGAUGGUAGACAUAUACCGCCGCCUGUUACUAGAUAUUCUAGCCAGCACAUCCCUGAAUUGAGGUCCGAGCACGCACCAGAUCCUAGGAGACAGCACAUUAUGGAAGGUAGGGAAAGUGUGCGAAGCAUUCUCGAGGAAAAAGAUGUUAGGCAUCAUCUUAUGCAGGAGCAGAGAGCUCCAAAUCCUGUUACGAGAAUGGAGUCGGGGAUUAAUUCUCAUUCUCAUUCUCCAUGGACGUUGGAUCGUUUGAGGCGAAGAUCACCAGAUGAAACUUUGCCAACUUCUAGAGGUGUUGUUGCACCAAAGAGAGACGAAGUAGUGCAGAGAAGUUUUGCAGUUAGGGGAUAUGAUGAUGCUAGGACAAGCACGUAUAUGAGUAAAGACCCUGUUGAAAUGUCGAGGCCCAUGGCUUCAUCACACUUGGUUAAAAUGGUUCCAUCUGUUGGGCAAAUGAAAGCGGUGGCACCAGUAGCCUCUUCACCUCCUCUGCCUGGGAGCCUCGUACAAAGAAGUGCAUAUGUGGUCAGUGAUCAAGUUACUGUUGACAGCUUUUUGCGUUCGUUGGGUCUUGAAAAAUUUGCUGUUCUCUUUAAGGCUGAGGAAGUGGACAUGUAUUCUUUGAAGCGUAUGAAUGAGAGGGAUCUUAAAGAGUUGGGAAUACCUAUGGGACCAAGGAAGAAAAUCCUACUUGCUUUGCAACCUCGUCUGAAACAGCAAGCGUGAUAAUUGUUAUACCUGAUUCAUGUGAGAUGUACACUUUUUGUAUUGUUGGAGUUAAGCAAAUUAGUUACCUUUCCAAGAUGCUCCUUUUGUCGAGCAAUUUGUCUACAUGGAGACAGGCAUUUUUUUUUGUGUAACGAAUUUUUUUUGUUGUUGAAUUUGUUUGGUUGUAUCGUGGUGUAGACUCUGUAUGUGGGCAAAUUCGGUUAGCACCUAACACUAAGAAACACGUGAAAUGUGAUGUAGCAUUAUAUGAGAUUUCGAUUCUUUUUUGCUGUGUAAGGUGAUCGAUUUGAAAA